AUGUCCGGCACCGAAGCCGCAGCCAAUAGUACCUACUCAUUUCGAGACCACACAACUGGAAAACCAACCACUACAUAUUCCUCAGCCAUGUCGUCUCCCUUCGAUAUCAAAACCUUCAAGUUCGACACUCCCCAGUUCGACCCAAGAUUCCCUCACGUCAACCAGACCAAGCACUGCGCUCAAAACUACGUCGACUACCACAAGUGUGUCGCUGUCAAGGGUGAGGACUUCGAGCCAUGUCAGAUCUUCUGGAAGACCUUCACCUCUUUGUGCCCUGUUGACUGGGUCGAGAGAUGGGACGACCAAAGAGAGGCCGGCAAGUUCCCUGUCAAGAUCGAGUAA